AUGCAGAGUCAGCAAACAAGUGGGGGUUCGACGGCGGCUGAAGCCGCGAGACCACCCGACAUCGAUCGCGCGCACGGUGAAACGCGUCAACCACCACGAAGCGCGGACGUGCCGCGGCGCCCGGAAGAUAGACGGGGCAUACGAGCUGAGUCAAGAAAGGGGGAAAAGCAGUUCAGCGUCAUGUACAAUAGUGUAUCAAUCCACGUCCGCGUUGAGAAUACAAACGCAGUUCCCGUCGCACCAGUUGAGCUCCGCCGUCGGGACAUGGUCCACACAGAGCAGAUACGACAUCUCUCCCGCCCGCUUUGCCUACCGGUACACAACCUUCCCGCCGUGCCCGCCGCGCUGCCCGCGCGUAUCCCCGACGAGCUGCGCAAAGAGCGCCUCGUGGUGCCACUGCGCGAAGCAGAACUCGAACGACCGCCGCCGGUCGCCUACGAACAUCUGCUACGGCUUCCUGUCGCCGUCCGGGACUACGAUCUGGACAACGAACGGCUUUACGCCCUACACGUUUCGAGGGACCUGCCCGUCGUAUACACUUGUGGGGGAAGCGCUCGCCGGCCAGCCCGCGCAGGCCCGCAGUCUUGUCCGCAUGAUCAGCCGGCAGGCCAAUGGGCUCGGGCCGCGUCCAGAUCCAGUCCUCACGCGCACGGAGGACGACCCAAUGACCCUUGGACGGGCGCGGGACGCAGCCGGGACGGUGCAUCUUCCAGUGCGUGUACUGGCACUCCGCGCGGCGGAGGGAGGGAGGGGGGGGGGGCUAGGGAUGAGAACCAGGGAGGCGAGGCGGGGGCGGAUGCUCACUGGUGCUGCAGUACGCCACCGCGCGACACCGCGCGCACUCCUUCACCUCUCCGCUUCCACACACGACGCACACCCAGCGCGCGUGCAGCUCCGAGGUGGUAUCGUCCAGGAGAGGCGGGAGGCGAUGGAUUUACUGCGCGUAUCUGA